CUCAUUUCGAGACAAGUCUUAUCUUGAACGGAUCUUUGCUUCCCUCGCUCCCUCUCCGAGUCCACUUCGGACUCUACCCUUGCUUUCCCUGAGCUCACUUCGAGCUCACUUCUUCUUUUGCCGUUGAGUCCCCUUUGGACUCUAACAACCGAGGUGCCAGACAGCGAAAGUAUGCCACCAAAUGCCCUCCGAGGCGAAUCGCAAGGUGAAUCUUUUGGAGACCAGGACAACCCAGGCGAACAAAUCCCAACACUACCCAAGCCGCCGGCAGAGCAGACACUCCUAUCAAGCACAAGCCACGAUACCACUCAGGAUAUAGCCAGCACAGUCGAACCAAGCCCAGCACUACCCAAGCAACCGGUGGAGGAGGUACUCGUACAUCAGCCUCCAAAUAGACAGGCGAACACCACCAUAGAUAUCAUUCAGAUCGCUCGCAACGGUGAGCCUGAUGAUCUAUUGGAGUUCCUCGAAGCAUUGACUCCAGAUAAAUGGGAACAGGUUUUUCAAAUCUAUCAAGAGCGUGUAGUCCAAGCCGAAAAAAUCCGAGACUAUCGAUUCACCUUCAGCAUCGCGUGGAUGUACUGCCUUGGACUUGGUCAGCCGAUCUCUCUGCCGGAUGCGUUGAAGCAGUGGUCACACAUAGCUCGGUCCAAGACUAGCGAAAGUACACGAUCCGAAGGUCUCCGCAAGUCAGCGGCCUUUUUGAAGUUUUGGUUUGUUGCUCUUGGAGUGACCUUUGUUGAAAAUUGGGCAGCGGCUCAUGAGAUCGAAGUUCUCUACAAACUUGGGGAGCUACCCUCUGGAAGCGAUAUGCAAGACUAUUCGCUUCUGUUUAUGUGGUGUCGCUUUGGUGCCGAACGGAGUGAGUUAUGAGCGGUAUGACCUGGCGUUUUCGGCGUUUCUUUCUUCCUGCCGGCAUUGUACAGGGGGGAAAGUGCGCUAUAGCCCCAAGGCCAACUAUUUUCUUGGCCAAUGUUACGAGCACGGUCGUGGAAUUGAAGCAGAUCCAACAAUGGCACUUAAGCAGUACGAAAAUGCCAAUGCCAAGCGAUACCCCCUUAACAAAAUCAAUGCAGAGCGUCUUCGUACUCUUGUUACCAUGCAGUGAAUUGAAUACAGUGCCCUAUUUUGUAACAGA